AUGAAGAUGCAGGAUCUCCUUAACACCAGGCACAGCGUACAGUGCGCCGAUCUCGACCUCACGAGACUUUGGGCAUCUCGUCGCGACGACUCUGCGAUGGAGUUGGUGGUUGGUCAUCCGGAUGAUUUCGAGAGGUUGGUUCCUUCAGCUGUACGCCGACACAAUGGCUCCACGGCAGUCGAGAUCGACAUCAAAAAGAUCCCCCGAAACAUGGGCAAGGCCCUGCAGCUGACACAGCUUCUACCGAUUUUGCAAACGAACUCUGCCAGGUUUGUGGCUUUCGAGAUCAAGGACAUGGAUCGCGCAGCACUGGAGCUGACGUUGCAGACGCUGCACCGAGCCGGGAUGGCAGGUGGAUGCAAGUUCGCCGUGUGGUAUUCGCCUGCGGAUAUGGACCUGUUCCAGCAGGUCCACAGGAAGCGUUACCCGGAGAUCAAGAGCAUCCUUGCGAUGUACGAUCGACCGUGGAAAGGGAACCCAGCUGCUUCUUUGGCCAGUUUAGAUGAGGCAGCAGAAGGUGGCUUCGAUAUGGUGGGACCGUCCAUCGACGUGAGCGAGACGCUGCUGUCCAAGGCUGUUCGCCAAGGUUUCGGCGUCAUGGCCUAUGGCAUUUCCACCGAGGAGCACGUUGUGAAAGCAGCCAGAACUGGCGUGCAGUACAUGGCGACUGACCAUCCGGUCUGGCUGCAAUCUCAGCUGGAGAUGCUCCGUUCGACAGGCGGCUGUGGCGGUCCGGGGCGGCUGCUAGCGGUCUGCGGGGCACAGCUUGGCACAAUCUGGAUUGCUCAGGGUACGCUAGGCUCGACAGCGAAGACGGUGCUCUGCCUGCUGUCGCUGCUGACCAUGAUAUGCUGGCCAGUAUUCAUGUUUAUAUUGUGA